UCGUUGUGUCCCUGUUUUUCUACAUGCAAUAGAAUGAGACACAAUCGUGCUCGUGGUACUAACAGUGAAAUUUGAAACGGUGGUCAUAGUCGGUGCCAGUCAGUGCUGAAGAAGAUAAAGUGGUGAUUCCAUUUGGUGCGUGAUCGUCAAAAUGGGAAGGCUAUUGUUCCUCGGUGUCUGCAUUUCCUUACUUCUGUUAUCAUUUUGUGAAAAUGGAAAAGGCUUCAUUAACGUCUAUCCCAAGAUAAAAGAUUAUCCUUUAAAGGAUGGAGAAGAUCCUGGAACUCCUUUAAUCCUGACUCCUCUUAUACAGAGUGGAAAAAUUGAUGAAGCAAGAACAAAGGCAAUCGUCCAGCAUAAUGCGAUGUUGGACGUUAACAGUUAUUCUGGAUACUUUACAGUCAACAAGGAGUAUAACUCAAAUAUGUUCUUUUGGUUCUUCCCAGCCCAGAUUAAUCCCAAAGACGCUCCUGUAGUGCUGUGGCUACAAGGUGGUCCAGGAGCUACGUCUCUCUUUGGUUUGUUUGUUGAAAAUGGACCAUUCAUUAUCACUUCAAAUAAAACUCUCACCAUGAGAAAGUAUUCUUGGACCAAAUCCCACAAUGUUAUUUACAUUGAUAAUCCAGUUGGUACUGGAUUUAGUUUCACUGAUAAUGAUAAAGGAUAUGCUACAAAUGAAACUCAUGUUGGCAGAGAUGUUCACACUGCACUGGUACAAUUUUUCCAACUAUUUCCUGAACUGCAGCAAAAUCCAUUCUAUGUAACUGGUGAAUCUUACGCUGGAAAAUAUGUUCCUGCUGUGUCUCAUGCAAUUAAAGAUUUUAAUAUCAAAGCCGAGUUAAAGAUUAAUCUCAAGGGUUUAGCUAUUGGUAAUGGUUUAACUGACCCUGAGAAUCAGCUUCUAUAUGGUGACUAUUUAUAUCAGUUAGGACUAAUUGAUUUUAAUGGUAGGGAUCUGUUUCAUGCAUAUGAGAAAAAAGGUCGGGAGUUGAUACAACAGAAAAAAUUUGAGGAAGCAUUUGAAAUCUUUGAUAAGCUUCUUGAUGGAGACUUAACCUCUACCCCAUCUUUAUUCAAAAACUUAACAGGGUUUGAUUUUUAUUUCAAUUAUCUACACACUCAAGAUACAAAUGAAUCUAAUUGGAUGUCCGAAUGGGUACAACAGGUUGAUAUCAGACGUGCAAUUCAUGUUGGUAAUUGUUCUUUCCAUGCAGAAGAUUCGACAGUUGAAAAACAUUUGAAAAAUGAUGUAAUGCAAUCCUUAGCAGUCCUAAUAUCAGAUCUUACACAGCAUUACAAAGUUCUUCUUUAUAAUGGACAGUUGGAUAUCAUUGUGGCUUAUCCACUAACCGAAAACUAUGUGCAGAACUUGAAAUGGCCAGGAGCGGCAGAAUAUAAGAAAGCUCCACGUAAACAAUGGUGGGUUGGAAAGGAAUUAGCUGGUUAUUCGAAAACUGUUGGAAAUCUAACAGAAGUAUUGGUGCGCAAUGCGGGUCACAUGGUUCCACAUGAUCAACCUCAAUGGGCCCUUGAUCUUAUAACACGUCUGACACAUAAUAAACUCUUCUAAUUAUUUUGCAGUAAAAACUACAAAGCCAAAUAUUUGUGAUUCCUAAUAUGAUAUAUUCCAAUUAAACACUCGUUACAACAUAACAUGUAAGAUAAAAGCUGCAAGAACAUAAUGUAAUAUAUAUAUAUAUAAAAUUUUAGAUAUUGUACUUAUUAAUAUAAAGUAGUAAACAAGACAACAUUUUUAUAUAGAU